AUGCCUCCCAAGAAAGCUGUCAAGGAGGAGAAGGUUCUUCUGGGGAGGCCUGGAAACAACCUGAAGAGCGGCAUCGUUGGGCUUGCGAACGUUGGUAAAUCGACCCUCUUUCAGGCCAUCACAAAGUCUUCCCUUGGUAACCCUGCCAACUUUCCCUAUGCCACCAUUGACCCCGAAGAGGCACGCGUCAUUGUGCCUGACGAGCGGUUCGACUGGCUGGUCGAGCACUACAAGCCCAAAUCAGUUGUCCCUGCCAACCUUACAGUCUACGAUAUCGCCGGGUUGACCAGAGGUGCUUCAACCGGUGCCGGCUUGGGCAACGCCUUCUUGUCGCAUAUCCGUGCUGUCGACGCAAUCUUCCAGGUCGUGCGUUGUUUCGACGAUGCCGAGAUCAUCCACGUUGAAGGUGAUGUCGACCCGGUGCGCGAUCUCGAUAUCAUUGCCGAGGAACUGCGUAUCAAGGAUAUCGAGUUCGUCGAGAAGUCGCACGAGAAGCUCGUCAAGGACACCAGGAGAGGUGGGCAGAGCUUGGAAAUGAAGAAGAUGAAGGAGGAUCUGGCAACCGUUGAGAAGAUCCUCGAGCUGCUCAGAUCUGGCAAGGACGUGCGCAAGGGCAACUGGUCACCAAAGGAGGUGGAGGUGAUCAACCCUCUUUUCCUCCUCACCGCUAAGCCCGUUGUCUACCUCGUCAACCUUAGCGAGAAGGACUAUAUCCGACAGAAGAACAAGCACCUUCCCAAGGUCGCACAGUGGGUGAAGGAGCACGCCGAGGGUGACCCCAUCAUCCCCAUCUCCGUUUCAUUCGAGGAGCGCCUCGCCGCCAUGAGCGACGAGGAAGCUGCCGAGGAGUGCAAGAAGCUCGGUACCAAAUCCGCCCUCCCCAAGGUGAUUACCACUAUGCGCAAGGCCCUCAACCUUGGCAGCUUCUUCACCACUGGCGCCGAUGAGGUCAGGCAAUGGACGAUCCGCAACGGCACCAAGGCGCCGCAGGCGGCGGGUGUCAUUCACGGCGAUUUCGAGAAGACUUUCAUUCAGGCCAUCGUGUAUAACUAUAGUGUGUUGAGGGAAGAGGGUGACGAAGCGGCCGUGAGGGCCAAGGGCAAGGUCAUGACCAAGGGCAAGGAUUACGUCGUGGAGGACGGUGAUAUCCUUCUCAUCAAGGCUGGUGCGGCUAAGUCAUAA